CUCCCAGUUUCAAAACAGUCAAAAACAUUGCCCAUCGUAUCAAAAUUUCCCGUGCUGAGCGAUUAAAUUGUUUUAUAUAUUUAGUAACCUUCAAUUUCCUGCUCAAUAGUAUGCAAUUCGCACCCAUACAGCAUAAUGCAGAACGGUAAUUCUACGCUGUACCAAGAUCAAAACGAAAUAGAGGUAGUUAUUCUGAAACGAUCUGAAACAAUAAGGCGACACACUUCCACCGAACGAACUGAACAAAUCUGCAUGUUCGUAUGUCCAAUUUAUCACCUUGCGUUGGAAGUAGUAUUGGUGUGAAUUGUGUUAAUGACUAUAUGCUUCGAAGGCGAUUUUAUGUUUUGCGUCUGUUAACUGUGUAACAUUGUGUGAAUAUGUAUGUGUAUAUCAUAUAAACCGAAACAUGAAAAGUAUAUUACACAAAUUAUUGUUACAUCUAGUUUGGGUGAAGUAAUGAAACAUUGGAUUGCUAUGAAGGUUAUGAGAGUACAUUUAUUCUUUCAUUUAAACCGCUUGAUGCACAGUGUGGUAAAAUGGGAGACGUAUAUAGAAAUGUACUAGAAAAAUGUGACUUUGUAUCCUUAUAUAAAUUUCCCCAUUAUGGAGUGCCGGGCCAUAAUCUACAUAACCAAAUAGAGAUCGAAUAUGAAUGCAGUUCACGUGACUUACCUUACAACUGUAUGCAGCCACUUCCACUGCUGCCACCUGCUAAGGUUUCUAACAGAGUCUUGCAAGGUGAAGAUCCAGCGACCAUUUUAGUCAAAAAGAAACUCCUUUGGAAACAUCAAAUUGCUGUUCAUAAGGGUCGCUACAAGACACAGAAGAAAAGAAAUAUGGUUUGUAAAAUUCUACAGGAUCUGAUUUCAUCAAAUAAAACGGUACACACAGUUUCACAUGAAGAUGCAUAUUAUGUGAAAUUGAUUGGAAGAAAUCCAGAUGAAGAAUUUGAUGGGACCUACAAUUGGUACUACAGUGGAGGAUGCUUGGAUAAGCUGGAGGUAGAUGGCCAAGUGUUGCUCCUAACCACGGAAGGCAAGAAGAAAGACCAAUUAUGUGUUCUGCCAUUAGAAAUGAAAAAUAACUGGCAGGCUUCCUUAUCAGGUGGCAGUUCUGUUCAGUCCACCUGUGGUCACACCAUUCACCAAGUGCGUGGCAUGUACAGGCAAGAUGAAGGUUUUGUUGGUGUACGUCUUCGCAAUGCAUGUCACUUGUACUCACUCAACCCAGGCUUGCAUCUAGAAAGUAUGCAUAAGGCAACAUCUAAACGUCCAUUCAUAGGAUUAGAUCUGAGUCCCCAUUCACCUGGAACAUACUGUACUGUUACAACCAGUAGGUGCAUUCAAGAGUGGGACAUUAAUGCAAGGAAACCUGUUACUUCUAGCGUUCCUACUGAACAAACACUGGGAGACAAGUGGUGCAGUGUAUCCUACUGUAAUGAUCCGCAAGUGAUAAGGGUGACUGACAGAUGCUGUUCAUUUAUUCUGGACAAGAGAAACCAUACAAGGAAAUCAAGUGUGAUGUUAUGCAUCAAGAAGAUGCCAAAUGUUCUAGAAUACUGUGAGACCAUAUCCUUGGAGUUUCUGAGCCGCAUACUGCCACAUGCCUUGUACUUGUGCACAAAUCACCAUGUUUUUCUAUAUGACAUACGUGCUGGAUCAAAGCCCUUACAGCGCUGGACACACCUUCUCUGUUCCACACCAUUAUAUGGUUGUACAGUAGUUCCCAGCAGUGAAGAAGAGCUGGUAUGCAUAGGAAACCAAGAGCCUGGCGAGAUAGUGACACUGCUCAACAGAUGUGAUGGAGAGGUACCAUACUGCCAGGUUCCUCCAUUUGCCCUCCCGAACAUGCAUGAUGCUGUUCAUUCUGCCCACAAACAUGGGCUAUGGCUCAAUCCCUUCACACAGCGGCGUGUUCAGCUCAGCCUGACAGGUCUGGUGUGGCUCCCACCACAUGGUUCUCAUCUCACACUUCUGUCUCAGACUGCUGCUGGAGAUAUCUUCAGUCAUAUCCUGAAGCCCAGGGAUUUGUUGCAGUCAAAUGGCAGAAACAAGUGCAACAAUGCAGAUCAGAAGAAUAAUGUGAAUAGUAGUUCAGAGACUGUGAAUGACUAUUCAAAAACACGGGACUUGAGACGAUUAGUAAAAUGGGAAAAGCAGCUCCUCAAGAGGAAGACAUCACCUACUAUGAAAAUAACAACAAGGAAGGAAAUGAAACAUAUAUAUGAAAGAUUACAUUCCUGUGGAUACAGACUCCAUAAAAAUACAGAAAAGAAGAUUCAGAAAGAUAAGUGGAUGAUGUCAAAGCAAGCAAUGCAAAGUUGUAUAGAUAUAUUGGCUCCUAGGAUUCUUGCAGUUUGGGACAUUGAAAAAGAACCAGAGUGGUAUGAAGGGGAAAUCGUUUUUCAGAAAGACCUUUCUCCCACAUCACAUGAUAAAGUACAGGCAUGGUUGACUAGUGUACAGAAUGGAGAGCAGAACACUGAAUCACACAAUAGAGUAUCUGAAGAAGAGCCUUCAGUUUUUAACACCUUACAUUUGUCAGAACAAGAUAUUAGAUCUAUGAAAUCUGAAGCUGGAUUGACUACACUUCAGUCGAGAAAACAGUCUCAUACCCAAAGGAAAGACUUAUACAAAAUGACACAUCAUGGGUAUCAGGAUAUGUUUACCCCUUCCAAAACAAAAUUCUCUACUUCAACACCUUCAGUUGUAAGACAUGUUGAAGGUCUUACCCAAGAUACUUUUAAAACCCUGGAUCAUCAAGUGAAUGACCUAAUUAGUCAAGAUAUAUCUCUGUCACAACCUGGUGUUACACAUGAUAUCUUGACGUCUGUGAGACAUACGAUCAAGGAAAGUCGAGAGCUAUCACAACAUGAAGAGAGUAUGAUUCUUAGCCAAGGAAAUAGUAAAAUUAAUAGGAAAGAUAUUAAAAUUCAUAGCAAAAAUGCAUCUGUUGCUGGCUUUUGAGAUGGCUGAUUAUUGUAUUACAUAUUCACUGUACAUACAUAAGGAGUGGGCCUAACUGCUGGCCUUUGCACUUUGACCUUUAGUGAUCUAUUGUGCUGCUUAAUAUAUUACACAGCAACAUUUUUUUCUAAUUUAUAUUAAGUGAAACACUUUAACGGUCAUCCUGUUUUAGAAAUUUGUCAGCACACGGUGUUUUAUGGAAAUAUUGUCCUUUUUCUAUGAUUCACUCUCUCAUUUUACUGAGAAACUUCUAUUUCAUUUUCAUAUUUGAAUGAAUUUCAAUAUACUUAACACAUCAAAAAGAAAACAUAUUAUUAAAUACCAUGACCAUUUUGUACAUUGUUGCAAAAGUAGCCGAGUUAGGCAGCCCAAUCCACAUCUGAUGUAGUCUUUGGUUUUUCCUGUCCUGUUUGUGUUUACAAUUUUAACAUUGUGGACAGGGGCUGUAAUUCUCACUUCUUGUAUAUGCCUUCAUAUCUGCUAAAGGAUGCCAAAAUGUAGAAUUACUUCUCUUCUGUUGCUUGGAUUCUUUGACCAUCUCACUUGAAAUCCCAUGGCUUCCCUCACAUACUAUUAUUCUUUUUAUUCAAAAGAAUCUCUGCUACUUUUACAGUGUUUUAUUUCAUAACAAUUGCCUGAGUAGAUAUGGUGAUUUUGGUCUCUGUUAACAUAUGAUUCUGUGAUUGCUACACACAGCAGAUGCAAUGUUAUAUGCAGUAGGCUGAGGUGAUUUAGCUACUGCAAAUUAAAGCCAUUCUCACAGUAAUCAUAUGGAUUUUAGACAUGGAUGUUAUGAAAGUUACAUUUUAAGGAAUGAAUUUGUUUUCCUUGUUAUAGGAAUGAUAUAAAAAGAUUUUGUAACAUUUUCCAGAAAUGGCUUAAGGAAAUGUACUACCAAAAAAAGUAUUAGCAAGGCACAUUCCUAAUUCUUGUUGCGUAAGUUUAUAGUCCUACAUUAAGUUAUUACUAUUUUAUUUUUGUCAAGAAUUUGUUACUUAAGCACAGAUUCUGCAACAUUAAAUUGCUCAGAUAUAAUCUCAGAGUUUUGGCCUGCCACCAUGACUGUCAUUGUUUCCUUGCAAACAGUAUUUCAUACAUAAUAUUUAAGUAGUUUGUGGUCUCUUUAUAUACUUAAUUUUACAUUCCUUGUUCCAUUAGCUUAUUAGCUAUCACUGUCAAACCAGUGAUGUCAACAAUGUUCACUGCAUUUUCUAUCACUUCCAAGAUAUGAUCAUUUUGUUGUAAUAUGGUCCACUUUGCUCCACACAGAAUCUGAGGUGUGACUAACACUAUCCUCAUCAUAACUUACUUCCUCCCAGAAUCAGUUAUUACAAAUUUUGUGGUGUGUACAACAACCCUUACCGAACUCCUGUAAAUUCAUAAUUCCACUGGCACUAGCUUGUGAACUACAGUAUUAGCAUCAAUGGCAUAAACUUCUACAAGUUUCUUCAGCACUGAAAACCAAACUAUAUAAAUCUGUUUCAUCUUUCCAUGUGCAUGAAACAGAAGUCAAGAACCGGCAUAAUAAUUAAGGCCUGUAAGGGAGUAGAAUCAGAUUUGUACGUUUAUGUUUAUUCUGAGUACUUCAUCAGGGGAAGUAAAUGUUCAAAUUAAUGAUAUUAUCAGCUGAUCCUAUCUGGUCAGUCAGUGCUGAUUUUUCACGCUGGUGCAACAGUCUGAGACUGCAUAGUUGCAAGAAGGGAGAUCAUGGUACGUGUAACUCUACCAGACAGAAACUCAAAGAAACUACCACAAUCCUUAUGCAAUAUGUUAGUAAGUCCUGUACCAGCAUAAACCUCAGUUAUAUUUCCACUUUAUCCAAUGCAAAUGAAAUUUAUUCUACUGAAUUGCUCUGCGGUAUAAAAUGGAUGGUGCCCAUCUGUAAUUUUAAUUAAUGUAAUAAACAUUCUGUUUUAUACAAGAGUAAAUUAUCUUUAUAUUUAACGUUUCUCACUUGUGCAUCUUAAGUUCUAAAACUCUACCCAGAUGUCAUGGGAUUAAAUUUCCACAAUUUGAAGUGAUUUACAGCUUAGUGUUCAAGUCCACUGCCUACCACAGAAUUUCACUAUAACAGGCAAGAAUUUGAAGUUAAAUAUGACUUACUCUGGACACUGUCCACCACUUUGAGUUUUUUAACACAACAAUUCAGAAACUGGAUCUGCUUCCAUUACCAGAUGUAAGGGAAGAAAGGUCCCUACUUAGAUGGGCCUGUUAGAAAGGGCUAGUCUCAAUUACUGCACCCCAGCAUCAUGUUUCACCAAAGUUCAAGUACUUCUUGAGACAGAAUGUGACACAUGACCUUUCAAUUUAUGCACUUUAUGAAAAAACUGCCCCAGUGUGUAGACUGUAUUCAUAUAAGAAAACCACUGCUUCACAUGGCUGGCUUUUA